CUACACUCCCAUAAUUCUCCGCGCGGAUUUCUUCUUUGAGCGCGAGCCCUCUGUUCGGGGCAAGCAAGCAUAGCAGCAGCACUGUGUGGUCGUGCGGCCGGCCUCGGCUUUGGUCAGAGUGUGUUGUAGGGCUAACCAAGAUGGUGGACCAGCCUGUGUGGGAGCAGAUAGGGUCCAGCUUUGUGACCCACUACUAUCAGAUGUUUGAUUCAGACAGAUCACGACUGGGAGCUAUAUAUACGGAUGCAUCAUGCCUUACAUGGGAAGGACAGCAGUUCCAGGGGAAACUUGACAUUGUUAAAAAACUCACUAGUCUCCCUUUCACAAAGAUAGCCCAUAGUAUAACAGCGCAAGACCACCAACCAACCCCAGACUGCUGCAUAUUGAGCAUGGUCGUAGGACAACUAAAAGCAGACAAUGACCCAGUUAUGGGCUUCCAUCAGACAUUCAUCCUGAAGAAUGUAAACGACUCAUGGGUGUGCACUAAUGAUAUGUUCAGGCUGGCUCUUCACAACUUUGGCUAACCUCCCACGUUUUGGUGGGCAGGGGCAGCCAUAGUGAAGGGCACUGGGGUGAUGGAUCAGGAAGGGAGGAAAUGAGGAUGGAGAAACGCUCUUUCCUUCGUCCCUACAUCACAAUUAUGCCCAUGUGACAAACGCACAUCUACAGGAUUCUGUAUGUCAAUCAAUGAACAUCAUCCCAGUGGGUUUGAAGACCACGUGUUUGCUUGUCAAGUUGCCCGGCCUCUCAGAUGCCCCUGUAAGGCCACUGCACUGAUCUGCAUGAAGCUGGGAGCCCAUCAUUACAACAUCUACACUCAAGCCACCACAAAGGAAAAAAAAUAUGCUUACCUACGCCAUUAACUCAUCUUCGCUCUGUUGUACACUCUUCUUUACUUAACUAAUUCUGCUGUUGACCUCACUGUUGACAACUCGGCUCUGCUUGCACUGUUGUCGACUGGUUCGUUGAUCCAUGUACAGGUUUGGGUUAUUCAGUUCAGAAGUCUUGUGUUGUAAUUGUUUUUAGAUGCCACUUAAGUGUUAACUUUAGCUUGCCUUAGCUGUUAAAUGAGUUUUAUCUUUUCCACUACUGUUGCCAUAGUUCAUUGUCUGUUGCUCGGUUUUGCUCUUGCAAACCAAAGAAUCAUAGAGGACAAAGUUUGACCUUGCUGUGUGAAAGGCUGUUAUAUAAUAUAUUCUUUUCUCUUGGUCUCUCCUUCCUUUCAUACAGAUGUCAAGCAGUUAACAUGGAUUACAGCCACGAUUCACAAUAAACCUGGACUUUUUUUUAA